AUGGAGCCCGGGCUGCUGCGGCCAGCGCCCGUGAGCGAGGUCAUCGCCCUUCAUUACAACUACACCGGCAAGCUUCGGGGAGCGCGCUACCAGCCCGGCGCCGGUCUGCGCGCAGAUGCCGCCGUGUGCCUGGCUGUGUGCGCCUUCAUCGUGCUGGAGAACCUGGCAGUGCUCUUGGUGCUGGGCCGCCACCCUCGCUUCCAUGCGCCCAUGUUCCUGCUCCUGGGCAGCCUCACCCUGUCGGACCUGUUGGCGGGGGCGGCCUAUGCCACCAACAUCCUGCUGUCGGGACCGCUCACGCUGCGCCUGUCGCCCGCGCUCUGGUUUGCGCGCGAGGGGGGCGUUUUCGUGGCACUGGCCGCAUCGGUGCUGAGCCUCCUGGCCAUUGCGCUGGAGCGCCACCUCACCAUGGCACGUCGAGGACCGGCGCCCGCCGCCAGUCGCGCUCGCACACUGGCGAUGGCUGUGGCCGCCUGGGGCGCGUCGCUGCUGCUCGGGCUGCUGCCUGCGUUGGGCUGGAACUGCCUGGGACGCCUGGAAACCUGCUCCACUGUGCUGCCGCAGUGUGCCAAGGCCUACGUGCUCUUCUGCGUGCUGGCGUUCCUGGGCAUCCUGGCUGCCAUCUGUGCGCUCUAUGCAAGGAUUUAUUGCCAAGUGCGAGCCAACGCGCGUCGACUGCGGGCGCGGCCUGGGUCCCGCAGGGCCACCUCGUCCUCGCGAUCGCGGCACACGCCACGGUCGCUGGCCCUGCUCCGCACGCUCAGCGUGGUGCUCCUGGCCUUCGUGGCCUGCUGGGGACCUCUGUUUCUUUUGCUAUUGCUGGAUGUAGCGUGCCCAGCCCGCGCGUGUCCCGUGCUCCUGCAGGCGGACCCCUUCCUGGGCUUAGCCAUGGCUAACUCGCUGCUGAAUCCCAUCAUCUACACGUUCACCAACCGAGACCUGCGCCACGCCCUCCUGCGGCUGCUCUGCUGUGGCCGAGGGCCCUGUAACCAGGGCUCCUCCAACAGCUUGCAGCGGUCUCCUAGUGCUGCUGGGCCUUCGGGCGGUGGCCUACGACGCUGCCUGCCACCAAGCCUGGAUCGCAGCUCCAGCCCAUCAGAACAUUCGUCUCCCCAUCAGGACAGGGCGGACACUAGCUGCUCCACCGGCAGUCCGGGAGCAGCAACCACCAAUCGGACCCUGGUGCCUGCUGCUACAGACUGAUGCUCCCCAGCCCACUGUGGCCCUUCUAAGAGCAGACUGAUUCUCCGACAGAAAAGAAGGGAGGGAAAUGGAUCAACUGUCCCAGAACAGGAACAGACAAAAAUGCAUGCCUCUCGUACGUUUGACAUGGACAAUAGUAAUGAGGAGAAAGCGACGGGAAGGAGGAUGGUUAGUGACGUCACCUGAGCUGGGAAUCCUGAGGCAGAGCCAGUCAGUGUGACUGGAGCAGAAGUUGAGGAGGAGCCGUAAGCUGAAAGGGUAGAUUGUGGGAAGUCUUGUUGAUUCUGAGGAAGGCCUGUGAUCUGACUCUGAGUGAAGUGGAAGCCACAGAGUUCUAAACAAAGUCGGGAUUUGCCCAGA